UCCCUUAUCUGUCCAAUAUGGCGUCAGUGUGAGCGCUGACGGCCGCUGGUGUGAAAGCGGCGUCGCUCCGACUGUCACUGAGUGAGGGAGCAAGACCCAGCCCCGUCCAAGCGGCCGCCAACAACCCUCUCCUCCCCCCGCAGUAUUUCCUCGGAGGAGCUGACUGUGUUUGAACUCCCGCCCGCUCUCCUCCUCCUUCCCCCCCCACCCCUCCCUCUGGUUACUGGGGUUUUCUUCCCUUUCUCUGCCCCUCUAUUAUAAAACCCACCCCUGCUGAGGGGCUGAAGAGAGCGGCGGGUUGCAAUGGCGGCGGCGUGAGGCGGCAGCGUGCUGUCCGUGUGUUGGCGCCGGCCCUCGGGAGCCAUGGCGGCGGCGGCUGCAGUGGCGGCCGCAGCUGCGGCCGAUUCGGCCCAGUGGCUCUCGGUGAAAGAGGAGACGCUUUUCCUACACGAUGGGCUAAUCAGAGUGACCGACCUGGUGGAGCUGCCAACUGAGAUCGGGGUUUCAGCCGAGCCUGGGGAGAACGAACAGGAGAUAUUGACUUUUGAAACCAAAAAUCCUGAAGAGCUAGCAGAACGCUUGCGAGCUGUGUGUGGAAACCAGAGUAAUGCAUAUGCACGACUACUUGAAUACCGUCUCAAUGCGCUUAGAGGCCUGUGGAAUGCACAACGACAGUUAGCACUUGAAGAGCAGCAUGAGCGUGAAAACUCGAGUGAUGAAGAGACCAUGUCCUUGCUGAAACGGCAGGGCUUGCUGCAACAACCAGAACAGGCACCAUUUACUUCUCGCAUGGGCCUCUUAUUAGUGUUCCCUUUGAUCCAGUCACAAAGUAAAACUGAUCCUUCUCUCUGUAAUAUCACUGCUGAGGUGCUCCUGAACUGCCUGAGAGAUUGUCAGCCUCUGAGCCUUACAAAAGAACCUGCUGACUGUCUGAAUGGUCUGGAAGCCCUUCUCUGCUCCUGGUUAGAAGAAUCACCUGCUUUGGGUCAAUCGAUCCCAUGGAAACAGAAAGAAAAUGCUGCAGCUGCAUUGGUAGCUCUUGCCUGUGCAAGGUAGGAGCAUCCUGGUAUAUUUUUGUCCAAGUAGAAAUGUUCUUAAUAUACUUGAUUACAAUGUCUUCAAUAACAUUGUCAUCUUUAUUCUGUAAAAUGUGGUGAUGUGAAAUAAUAUUUUGGUGCAUGUUAAUCAACAAAUAAAUGCUGCAUAAGAA